UUUGCGUUUUAGAUUAUAUUUAUUAUUUAAUUUAUCAUAUAACAGUCCAAAAAAAUAUAAAAUUAAAUAAAAAAAUAUUUUUUCUUGUAUAUUUAUAGAUUUAAAUCACACAUAGUUUCUGACAUUGUUUUGUCGGACAACGAACGGUGCAUUGUGAACAAGCGACAUUUUGAUAUUUUUUUCGUGUAUUGCCAUGCCAGGCAAUAGUAUUUGUUUCGCAUAUUAAAAUAUUCACAAGCAUUUUAGCUCUAAUUCUGUGAUGUUUCGAUCAUGUAUAUCUAAGGACUAGACGAGUUCAAGUAGCAUACGUGGGCAGUUGGAUAAUCGCUUAGAUUUUCAGAGGAGAGGAGGAGGAGAUGGCGAUGCCGGAGCAGUUCUCGCUGCGGUGGAAUGACUUCCAUUCAAACUUGUCGCAGUCGUUCCACGCACUGCUGGAGGGCGAGGACUUAGUGGACGUGACGCUGGCGGCGGGAGGCCAGUACGUGCACGCGCACAAGCUCAUCCUCUCCAUCUGCAGCCCCUACUUCAAGGAGCUCUUCAAGAUGAACCCAUGCGAGCAUCCGAUUGUGAUCCUGAAAGAUGUUGCACACCAGGAGCUCCGGCAACUGCUGCACUUCAUGUACCGUGGUGAGGUGCAUGUCCGUCAGCAGGAGCUUUCUGGGUUCCUCCACACUGCUGAGCUGCUGCAGGUUAAGGGACUCACUGUUGGCAGGGAGAGGAGCGAGUCGCCGCCGCCUGUGGUAGCUGAGGAGCCAGUGAAGCCCGUAGUCCCCAAAGCGGCGGAGGGCGGGGACAGCCAGCCGGAAUGGGUGCCGGGGGGCGAAGACACCAUCGCUACGGAGGCGCCGCCCGAACCCGUUGCAGCGCAAGCUAAGGAGGAAGCCACGCGUAGCCCGCUCAAGAGACUGCUGAAAAAUACUACUCACAAGAACAGCUAUAACGUUAAGAAGAAGCCGCGUCCCGUGAAGGAUAGCCCCACACACGCAGAGAACACCGAGUACGCCUCCGACAAUGAGCCUCUCAUCGACUUCGACAACGACCUGUUUCAUAGCGUCCUCGUUGUACCCGAAUCUAAAGAGUCCGCGGGUUGGAAUUGCAAGACGGGGGGAGUGAAGUGUCCGUCGUGUCACCGGUUCUUUGCGAAUCGGUACAACCUGAAGGUGCACAUCCGUGACAAGCAUGACACUCGGGAGGGGACGCUGCAGUGCGAGAUCUGUCAGAAGCGCAUGCGCAACCCGAGCUGCCUCCGCGUGCACAUGUACCACCACCGCAAGCAGGCCGCGUACCUCGCGCAACUCGGCGGGCAAGGCGAUCAGAUGACAGCCGUUCACAACAUGGUCGGAAGCAAGUGGCGCAGCGAAUCCUCGCAUCUCGUCGACUACAGGGAGUUCGACAACUAUGGGUCGGCAAUGUCGACUCCCGAGCCGAGCAAGCAGCCCGGCGCCGAGAGCAAGUUCCCCACCCCGGAGCGCGCCACACCGCACGCCGCCGCCCCUCCAGAUCUGAUGAAGCAGGCCAACAUGACCGGCAACAAGUGGCGCAACGAGUCUUCGCCCGUCGCCGAUUACAGGGAACACGAAAAUUACGACUCAACAGCGUGCCCCGAGACGAUGCAGCCGGGCACGGAGGGGGCUAAGCCGGUGGUCCCCAACCCGGAGCCAGAGCCCGAGUCGGUGUGAGGCCCCGCCCCCGCCGCCGCAACACAGUGCCACAGACUUGCAGCUACCAGCAGCACACCCAUGACAGCUACACCGCCGUCAGCUUAAAAAACAGUUUUUGCUACCAGUAAACAUAGAAUCCUCGUAUUUAAAACCUCUGUAAUUUCCUUACACUAUCGAAAGGCUAAACCCCCAGUAUUUUCUGUACUAAUAUGAAACCAAAAAGAUAACCUAAUUUCAACCAAAAACUGCUUUUUAAGCCAUAAAGAUAGCACCCGUAAUGAUAACUUCAAGAUAACUUGAUAGAUCGAAGUAUCUUUUACAUUGAAUUAUAUUGAUAAGUACAUUAAUUGCGUCCGUGGUACUGUGAUGCUACAUAUUAUAAUAAAUAAUCGACAUUCCACCACACAAGAUCCAAAGACUGAAGCAUCAAUAAAACGUAAAUAUUAUACAUAAACAUGCACUGUAUGAAAUGGUUAUAUUAAUAAUAUAUUGUCAAAACAUAGGAAGGUACAAGGUGUGACUAACAAGUUUGCGCCGUUAUGUCGUACUUAUAACAAAAACAUGAAAUAAAAUGAUUGGAAGAUUGCAAAUAGAAGGUGAAAGACGCACCCUGUACCGUGCUCAUGGAAGUAUCUUGGAGCUAUUAGCGGAGCACCGCAAUCUCCACCCGCACACAGCCUCAUACAAGCCAGGAUAUUGGUACGUCGUGACUCACAAUUCCAUGAAAUUACUCACUAAAAUAUUGUAUUCACAAAACAUGCAUUUAACUCAAGUUCGAGUGAGUCACAAACAAACAAGGAUACAAUUUGACGAAGUACAAGUAUAAUUAAUAAUUUUCUCUAGGCAGCUAGAUGGAAUCGUUUAGGUUUAAAAUGACGAAUUGCCAUUCAAUGAUGUACAAAUGUUUUGUCCCAUAUUGAUUAUGCUGACACGAGCUCCGGGCGCCUGCGCGCCGCCAAGCAUAACCUUACAGUACAAAAUAUGAUAUUGUGUAUAAUAUUCAUUUAUGAAUCUAUGCUUUACUUAGUCUAUAAGUUUGUCUAAUUGUAAGAAACAUUUUUAUGUGACUUUGAACCGAAUAACUUUUUAUACGUACUAUAUUAGUUAUGUAAUGAUGAUGUAUACAUUUUUAUAUAUACAUAUUAAUAUACAAGGGUUGUUUAGAUGAGUUAUAAUACUUUGUCCAAAAUCUAAACCACUGCACUAUGUCUUCACAGAUGAGAAAGGUAUACGGACAAAUUUUUUAAUUUUGUACCAACGUGCAAAAUUAUAUUUUAAAUAGAUAGGUCAUAAUGACCUUAAAUUGUUGUAGCAUUGUCUGAGGGGUUAAUCAAUUCACAAUAUAGACAUUACGCGUACAAAACGGAAAAUCCAUUGCAAUUGAGGUUUUAAUAGUAUUAUUGCAUAUGCAUAUUAUAUAGUACUAUUGCAAGUACCAGAUUGCUUGAUGUCCAUAAAGUAAAAUAUUCCACAGCAGUUUUCAGAAAUGCUCCAGCAUUCCUCACACUUAUAGGGUAGUUGGCUUUUUCAUAUCAUCAAUCUACUCACGUGAACUCGUUAAAUAUUAAACUGAAAUCCGUUUUUCAAUAUGUCAUUUAAUUCAGGAGAAUUGAUUAAAGUACUGACUUUAACUAUCCGCUGGGGAACGCUCCGUCCCAUCUAGCUAAACGGCAUUUCUAUGCAGCUGAUUGUAGCUUGUACGGCACUAGAAACAUGUGAAGCCACAAGUUGCUAUUGUCAUUUCUUCCUAACUUCUUGAUUUCAGAUGGCUGUAGCUAUUUUAUUUUUCAACGAAUUCCGAUUAUUUUCAUAUUUCGAUAUUGGUUGGGUAUUUAUGUCUACAAUGAAAAACGUAUAGUUUGGAUACUUGUCAACUACCCAAGUCAAUUAUUUGUAUUUAAGACAAUACCUGUUAAAUUGUUACUGGUGGAAUCGAAGAUUCAUACUUGUGGACUUUGAAAAAGUACCUUUCAUUGUUGUGCUAGCUUGAGUGCGUCGAAGCGAGUGCAGUGGUUUAUAAGAUAGAUUUAUUACGAGAAAAUUGAUACCUCAACGUUUGUUCGACUGUUUUUGUAAGAUAUUCUCCGUUGUCGGUCCGCAGCUGAGUGGCGGAGACACGAGAGAAGCCAAGAACCAUUUGUUGUAUAUUUUGGAGUAAUAUAAGUGAUUGAAAAUCAAGCAUUCCAUUAGGUAGCCGUGCGGGCCGGCAGCCGGUCCGGCGGCCGUAGCGUCAAGGAAGCUUUAAUGUUGAACGUCCCAUCGCUGUCAAGUCGAAGCGAAAUUUAAGGUAGUCAUUAGCUCUCUACGAAUGGAGACGACCGCCCGCCCGCGCGGCGCGACAGAUGCGUGCGCGCCGCUGCGGUCGGGCGCCGCUCAGUUUGGCGUUAAAGUUAGAAAACAAAUUAUUUAAUGUAAUACGUCCAUUAUUCGAUGUAUUUUAUCGCGGUUUGGGUAUUUCUAACCAUUAUAUUAAGGGGUAGUAGAACUAACACUUCGAAUUUUUUUCUACAUUCCAGUAGUUGUAAGUCUGCAUAAUCGACCUGAUAAAACUUUUUUUAUUAUACAUUAUUUAUAAUUUUAAGUACUCUUAGUUUUAAGUUGUCAUUAUUAUAUAAAUCAAGGAGAUUAUUACAAAGUCUAUGUAAGUGACAUUCCAUUCGGUAGCUGUAUAGUUUUAGCAUUUAUAAUAUUUACCAAAUUUUUUUUAUGCCAAUGCUCUAACAUUAUAGUGUAUUGAGGGAAUAGAGUGUGCAGCAGCGCGGCUGCGCGACCAAUACUCAGUCCACGUGGCCAAAUAUGUCCGACUCACGCGCACGGUGAGCUUGUCAUAUAUCAUUGAUACUUUGUUAAAGCCACAAUACUUAAUAGAAAGGUUAAUGUGCAGUACAAUAAUAAUUGUCUAUAUUACUGUUCAUUGCUAUGAUUUCGAAACUUUAAUCUGUAUACCUUUAGGGACCUGUGCUCAAAUGUGUCUAUUGACGAACAGUUGAUCUGUAAUCCCCAUGACACUAAGUCUACGUUUGUUUAGGAUAAGUUGUCUACUGCUGGGUUCCGCGCUGUUCCAAAAUAAUCUUACACUGAGUACAAAGUACAUAAAGCAAGAAUAUAGAAUAGAAUUAAAAAGAAAAAAACACUUAUUAAAUAUUUUUGGAGAAUAUAUUUUUGAUGUGAUUAUUACAAAGAAUAUUGUGCCGUACCCAGUAGCUAUUUCUAUUUUCAUUGUCUACUCGUAAUCUCUCUCGCCAUAUAGGUUGAAGUAAGUGUGCAUCAUUACGUAUGAUAAUUUAUAGUUGUAUCCAUCUAGAUCCGUCUUUAAAAGCCAAUGUGUUUAGAUAUUUUCUUAAGUUCAAUAACGGGAACAGUACAUAUUAUGAAUAUUGCUCAUGUAUUUUAUAGCAGUAUAUACCAUUGUCGUCUUUAUAUUAUAUAUUUUGGGUAUUUAUUCAAGAAAUGUUGGUGUGGGGUAUGUAAGAUUGGCCAGUAUUCAAGUCUUAUGUGUGAGGUGUGACGUCGCAGUGAAUUCGCCAGCGAUGUUCCGAUGAGGCUGCAUUCAGAGUAAUUUCAAAGUGUGGCGUCGACUACAGUGGCAAAGAAUAAACAAUAAAACUGCGUACAGAAGGGACACUUCGGCGCGCACCGAUUGGUGCUAUCAGACCCAACCCCCGAUUUUGGGUUUCCUUUCAGUUCGUAAGACGUAAGCAGCGUGAAGGGACUGUCUGUCUCGCUAAGCAACCCACACUGCAUCUGUGGAAUGUCUAUGUAAUAACGAGAUUUUUUUAUAAUGUGUCCGGAAAGUCAAAGAGCAGAAUUAAUUAUCGAUGAAAAUGUUUCAUUAGAUCCAUUGUAGUCGACGCCGCGGAUUUAAGCCAGGUUAGGCAGCGGAGCGACAAAGAUCUUUUGCGAAAUGGCCAAAAUCUGAUCUGACGCCUAACGAACUAUUCUUAGGAAACGUGGUUUUAUGACAGUUGUUAGGAGAUGGUGCAUCCUAUCGUCCCCCUGGUAGUUGGGGCUUCUGAAGACAUCCCGCUUUGGGACGGUACAGAAAAAUAUCAACGCCCGAACCUCCGUCCCGAGCACUCUAGCCUCAAACAGUUCAGGAUCCCGAUACCGACCCCACCGGCGCGGUCGACGAUUUCCCCUAGUGUCGAUUAAUUCUUUCAAAUGUAAUCCUCUCCGACGCCCUUACCCGAGACGUCGUGCCUAACACCCUCAGGCCUGUUGUCUUAAAUUUUGCACCGGAUAAGAGCCCUCAGCGCUCCCCAUUCGUCCGGGCAAGUAGUUAUGCCAUAUGCGGCAAAUCCACAAUAAGUCCGUUGUACCAAUGUCAUCCAAAAGCCAAAUGAUCCUUGUCGCUCUAAACGGAACAAAUAGAGCUACGCCAUGACGACGCAGCUUGUGUAUUCCGUUGCCCUGUCGACCAGUUGUGUGUUCUUAACUAGUACAGUACAAGCAACAUUGAUUGUACAUCACAGUAAAUUACUAUAAAUAGGUUUUUUUGUACUAAUCCGAUGUCUUAAACCAAUCCUCUUAUGCUGUCAUUCAUUUUUUUUUUGUAUUUUAGAAUUUAUAAAACUAAAGUCGAUCAAUGACAACUGGUAAAAUAGCAUUUCCAGCUAGUCAAAUCAGUUACUUUUUACUAAAUAUUAAACAUGAAAUUACUAUGGAGUUUGUGUGAAAAAGCAACCUGUGACGUCAUUGAAAAACAUCUCAUCUAUUACUACAUUUUUCGUUAUUAAAAUUCAUAAAUAAGUUUACAGAAAACUUUUUUGUCACCUUUAGAUCUGUCAUUAUUAAGUAAUCAGAAUUUCAUAAUUUAUCUUUGGGAAACUACUACAUCUCAGGCCUUUACAUCUUUAUCAGAUGAUUCAAACAGCGUUUCUGUGGCAGCUUUUAAGUAGUACUACUAAUUAUCACUUUUUCAACACUACCAUUCGUUAUCCAGGUAAAAUGUUCAUUGCAUUUUUUCUGGUAACCAGGCUUUUAUACAGUCGUGGAUUCUAGGCCACCUUUUGAAAAUGCUGUAAUUAUGCAAAUGAAGCACAACAUGUUGAAAUUCAUGCACAGUGCGUGGAACGGAAGCGAAUUUUGAUAACAAUCAGUAAAGUUGGAAGCAAGUGUAAUUUUCACCCUUCGUCUAUUGUUCUCGGAUUAGUGCAACCAAACCCGCAGCCGAGUGAGCCAGGGUCGCGACUCGUCACUCACUACAUACGUGUUCACCUUCCAAAUUCUAUGCCAUAGCGUGUAAUGUGUAAAGUAGCGCUUUUACAACGAACAAAUUAAGUUUUAUGUGAAAAAAUCUGUCCAAUGCUCUCUACAUUGUGAUUGUAUUUCUCGUACCUUUGUAAGCGAUAUUUAGCUUACGAAUAUAUUUAAGUUUAUUCUUUUUAAAGAUUACAGUGCUUCUCUGUGACCGUAUUUUAGCAAAUUUCAAGAUCUCGGUAUUAGAGCGGCUUCACGCCUCACUCUCCAUGCGGGGUCACGGCGGAGUCACUUCCACAUUCGAACGUCAUCGAUGUGUAUAUGUAUAUAUUGUAGCGUCGAUUCAAUCACGACGGUUUUCUUUAUACUCAAAAUCUUUUUAUAUUUUUUUUAUACUAGCUUUAAAUGAGGUAAUAAAUUAUAACUUUGUAUAA